UUCUGCUACAUGAUGGCGACUGAGGUUCAGAGCGGCGACCUCAACAGUGGCACAUCCAGCCGGCUCGAAGUUUCCAUAGACGGCUUGACUCUCAGCCCGGACCCUGAGGACGAGCAGGAGCAGGUCGGACCACUCGUGACCCAAUCGGAGGGGCAGGGGAGCCAGGAGGGGGACCUCGCCGGAGAGGAGGAUGGGGAGGAGGGAGAAAGGAAAUGGGGCUUCCCUUUACUGGAGCUCUACGGGCUGGCACUGAAAUUCUUUAAAGAGAAAGAUGGCAAAGCAUUUCACCCCACAUACGAGGAGAAGCUGCGAUUGGUGGCCCUCCAUAAGCAGGUGUCACAGGGACCCUACAACCCUGAUGCCUCUCCUGAGGUGGGCUUCUUUGAUGUACUGGGGAAUGAUCGCAGGAAAGAAUGGGCGUCUUUGGGGAACAUGGGGAAAGAAGAGGCCAUGUUGGAGUUUGUGAAGCUGUUGAAUAAAUGCUGUAAUUUAUUUGCACCGUUUGUUACGUCACACAGAAUUGAAAAGGAAGAGCAGGAGAGAAAGAGGAGGGAGGAAGAGGAGCAGAGGCGCAGGGAGGAAGAGGAACGGGAACGACAGAGACAGGAGGAGGAGAGGCGCAGGCGCGAGGAAGAGGAGAGGCUGAAGAGAGAAGAGGAGGAGAGGAGGCAGGUGGAGGCAGAGAGACUGCGUGUGGAACAGCAGAAACAGCAGAUCAUGGCUGCUCUGAAUGCGCAGACGGCUGUGCAGUUUCAGCAGUACGCGGCUCAGCAGUACCCAGACAGCCCCGAACAGCAGCUGGUUCUGAUCCGACAGCUGCAGGAACAGCACUACCAACAGUACAUGCAGCAGCUCUACCAGGUCCAGCUGGCACAGCAACAGGCAGCCCUGCAAAAACAGCAGGAGGAUGCGAUAGUGUUGUCUACUCUGGAGGCCAGUGAGGCUACGGCACCCCCUGGUGGACCUGCAGAGGAGCUGCCUACAGUGAACGGACAGGCUGAGUCUUCCACAGACAGCAUGGAGAAAGAUUUACAGGCAGACCUGGAAACUGCAGAGGAGGUUACUGAGAACGGCCCCACAGACUCUCCACCAGUGAUUGCUGCUCCCUCCAUGUGGACCCGUCCGCAGAUAAAGGACUUUAAGGAGAAAAUCCGUCAGGACGUGGACUCCGUUAUCACGGUCGGCAGGGGGGAGGUGGUCACGGUCAGAGUGCCCACUCAUGAGGAGGGCUCCUACCUGUUCUGGGAGUUUGCCACCGAUCACUACGACAUCGGCUUUGGGGUCUUCUUCGAAUGGUCCGACACCACCAACGCCUCCGUGAGCGUGCACGUCAGCGAAUCUAGCGAUGAAGACGAGGAUGAGGAAGGAGAACCUCAAAGUGAGGAGGAGAAAGCCAAGAAGGAGGCAGGAAAGCCGCAGGUUGAUGAGAUUGUGCCGGUAUACCGGAGAGACUGUCACGAGGAGGUGUAUGCUGGGAGUCACCAGUACCCUGGCCGUGGGAUCUACCUCCUGAAAUUCGACAACUCCUAUUCCCUUUGGAGGUCCAAGAGUGUCUACUACAGAGUCUACUACACCAGAUAAACCAGGGAGGAGGACUAAGGAGACGCACGUCUGUGUAUGUGUGUGUGUGAGAGAGAUUGAGAGUGUGUGUAUGUGUGAGGGAGAGUGGGGAGAAAUGAGGUUAGGAGAAGAGAGGACAAUAUGCUAUGUUGAGACAUACCACCAGGGGGCAACAAAGAGACUGGAAAUAGCAAGGACUUCUGUUAGUGUGUGCGAGUGCGUGAGUGUGUGUGUGUGUGUGUGUGUGUGUUCCGGUGAGAACCUUACUGACGUGUUUCUCACGCUGUUUGAAUCUUGAAGGAGGGGAAGGACUCUGUUGUGUACUUUGUUGCCUCUGUUUUGCACUCUAAACGACGUAAUCGUGCUCUAGGGUAUUUGUGCUUGUUAAUUUAACUGUCCUCUGUACUCUGUAUGACUGACUUUUAGUCCACAGCUUGUAAUCCAUCCAGAGAGGCACAGUUUGUCCACAUGCAGAGAAUCAUUAGGCUUCUUUGGGGAAACACUAACAUGCCUUUGCUCCUAGAGGAAACUCUCUUUCUGGGUCACCACCGAGUGAAUCAGCCAAUAGAGGUCAUCUGUACUCAAGUCCACCACCAAUUAGUAAGCAGCACAGAUGAGCAGCUGCAGCAUAUUGCAUCCAAAGAACUUCUGGGAAACGCUGGAUUGACGUUACUGUCCUACUGGUGUAAAGAAAUGAGGGGGGUGGGGGCUGUAAGUGUGACAUAUUCACAUAUGACUGAGACAGAAAAAGAUCUUUGCAACAUUUUGGUUAAAACAUGCAAACUGAUGUAAAAGCGUUGAAUAAAUAUUUAUUAAUCUCCCUGGUAGAGUAGGUGUGUGUGGGUGGGUGUGCACGUGUGCGUGCGUUUGUGGGUGUGUACCACUCAUGCGUGGGCUUUCAUGUAUACACAUGUGUGUAUGUGUGCAUGCAUGCAUGUGCGUGCUUGUGUGUCUUUUUUUUUUUGUAUGUGUGUGUGUAUGUUUGUGUGUCUCUCUGUCUUAUUGCUCCAACUUUUGCAUCUUUGUGUUGCUAUAAUCUCUGUUUUGACAGUAGACACUGUUCUCAUUGUCAAAUUUCUGUUUUGAGUUUGUCACUAAUCAGACAUUUGGCAGUAUUGAUUUUUUUUUUCUUAGCUUAAGGCAUUCUUUUCAAGUAAAAUUAUUUUUUAUGUUCUAUUUUGUACAUGACUCUGUUACAUCUCAUUUUGCAUGUUGUUCCUAAAAUGCCAUGCUGAGAUACAACCGUGGUUUGCCCUGCCGCAUCACUGUUCCUUGUCAGAAGUAAUCUCGACUGUGCAGAGGAAAAUCGUUAAAACGGCACGUUUGCGUCUUUAAGUUCUUUGUUAACGUUCAGUUUUAGUAUUUAUUGUACUUACGCAGCUUCGAAACAUCAUCUAAAAUAUGAGCACUGCUGUGAAUUCAAGGACUGGAUGCUUAUCUAUAUUUAUUUUACAGUUUUUAAAAAUGUCAGAUACGCAGGCACGCAUGCACACACACAGAACGCACGCACGCACACUGGCAGUUAUCAGUCAGUUGCUUGUCUGAUGAAGGUUUGACUGGUGACGUAGUCUGUUAGUAUGACUGUUGAAAUGUGGGUUGCGAUGUCAAGAACACGUCCAGAGCAUCUGCAUUAAACUGCUGUUUUACUUUGUACAGAGAAAGAAAUUCAUUUGACUUUGAGCAGCUCACUGCGGUGGAAUACAAAACCAUAUAGUUGUAUUGGGACUGGCGGCUACUCUAAACCAGCCCCAAAGCUAGUGAAAAUUCACCCGUUGUCCCGUCUACAAAUGUGUAAUAUCAGACAAAAUUUUUACAUCUCUGUUUUCUGUUUGCAGAUAAGAUCUUUGUGAAGUGUAACGUAAAAAGGGGCUUCAUAUGAAAGUAAGGGUUGGGCAAUAAAACAAGUUUGACUGUGGUGAAUGGCAUUAAUUGUAUUUUUUGUUUGUUUGUUUGUUUCUCAGAAUGAAAUUGCGGGAAUGCGAACUGAUGUAAAUAUCCAGUCCUUACUGACGCCGUGUGGUCUUUUUUUGUAUUGCUUUCAGCUGUUUGAUCACCACCUUGAGGAAUGAGUCUCAUUGAACAUAUAUUUAAUCUCAAAU